AUUCGAACUUCAAAUUUUCCGCUUAGUAAUUGUUAGUUGAAAACUUUAUCAUAUAACAUUUUGCUUUCUGAGUUUCAAACCUAAGUUUUUUUUUAAAUUGUGCAUUCAUUUACCUACAAAAAAUCAUGGCUAAUGAAAGAUAUAGUUUUUCACUAACUACAUUCAGCCCUUCAGGAAAAUUAGUUCAGAUAGAAUAUGCAUUAGCAGCAGUGUCAGCUGGAGCAGCUUCGGUGGGAAUUAAAGCGUCUAAUGGUGUAGUGGUUGCUACUGAAAACAAACGUAAAUCUUUAUUGUAUGAAACGACUGUAGAAAAAGUUCAAAAAAUAACACCCAAUAUUGGAAUGGUCUACAGUGGUAUGGGACCAGAUUAUAGACUACUUGUUAGGAAAGCAAGAAAAGAAGCUGCUCAAUAUCAAUUGAAGUUUUUAGAAGAAAUUCCUACUGCUUUGUUAGUUCAAGAAGUGGCUAGUGUGAUGCAAGAAUAUACUCAAUCUGGUGGUGUGCGACCUUUUGGUGUUUCAUUAUUAGUUUGUGGUUGGGAUAAGACUGGACCUAAACUUUACCAAUGUGAUCCUUCUGGAGCAUAUUUUGCAUGGAAAGCAACAGCUCUGGGAAAGAACUAUGUCAAUAGUAAAUUAUUUUUAGAAAAAAGGUAUAAAGAAGAUUUAGAACUAGAAGAUGCAAUUCAUACUGCUAUUUUGGCAUUAAAAGAAGGCUUUGAAGGACAAAUGACAGCAGAUAACAUUGAAGUUGGAGUUUGUCGUAAAAACAAAAAUAAUGAAAUAAUAUUUGAAAAACUAGACCAGCAACAAGUUGCUGACUAUUUGGCAAACAUACCGAAUUGAGUCUUUUUAUGAAUUAUUAUAUAACACUACUUUAAUUUAAGUGAUUAAUAUACUUGUAUGGCUUGAAAAACAUUGUUAUCUCAUUUAAAAUUAUACAUAAGUUUGUUUAAAAAAUACAAUUUAUAUUUCAUAGUAAACACAUUUGGUAUUUUAAUA